AUGCCCAAAGUCUUCCUGGUGAAGAGGAGGAGCCCGGGGGUCUCGGUCCGCAGCUGGGAUGAGCUCCCGGAUGAGGAAAGGGCAGACACCUACAUCCCAGUGGGCCUGGGCCGUCUGCUCCACGACCCCCCCGAGGACUGCCGCAGCGACGGCGGCAGCAGCAGCAGCGGCGGCAGCAGCAGCGCGGGGGAGCCUGGAGGCGCCGAGAGCAGCUCGUCCCCGCGCGCCCCCGAGCGCGAAAUCCCCGAGCCCGGCGAAGCCGAGGGCCCGGGCGGACACCUGGCGGCGAUGCAGCGUCCGGUCGCCAGGUCGAAAAUCAAGUUCACCACAGGCACGUGCAGCGACCCCGCGGCCCACAGCUGUGAGCUGUGCGGCAAGGCCUUCCGCCUGCAGCGCAUGCUCAACCGCCACCUCAAGUGCCACAACCAGGUGAAGAGGCACCUGUGCACCUUCUGUGGCAAGGGCUUCAAUGACACCUUCGACCUGAAGAGGCACGUCCGCACGCAUACAGGCAUUCGCCCCUAUAAAUGUGAUAUCUGCAACAAAGCCUUCACCCAGCGCUGCUCCUUGGAGUCCCACCUGAAGAAGAUCCACGGGGUGCAGCAGCAGUAUGCCUACAAGCAACGCCGGGACAAGCUCUACGUCUGUGAGGAUUGUGGCUACACGGGUCCCACCCAGGAGGACCUGUACCUGCAUGUGAACAGUGCCCACCCGGGCAGCGCCUUUCUCAAAAAGACAUCCAAAAAACUAGCGGCUCUUUUGCAAACCAAGCUGAUGUCCACGUGCCAGGGGAAUGCCAACCUGAGUGAGGAGGAGGAGAAGUGAGGGGGGCGGAGGCAGCCAGAGCCACCGCGUUUAUGGGGAUUUGGGGUUUUGAAGGUCCCCUGCCCCACUUGGGUUCAGUUCAUCCCUCUGCCCUUCUGGGGCCUGAGCAGGGGGAUCUGUUCUAAGGGUUGUUGAUGAUAAUAGUGGUGUCUGGCCCCCCCCCACCCCCCGUAACCCACAUCCUGUUGAACAGUCAAAAUUAACAAAAGUUUGUGGAUGGUCAUGAUCGCCAUGAGGAGGUUUUUUUUUUUCUUUCUUUCUUUUUCUCUCUUUCUUUUAGGAUUUUCACAUGUGGAGGCAGAGGUGUUCUUAGAGAGACUCAUUUUAUGGUGCCUUGAAAUAAAAGUACUUCCACUUACCAUGCUACUCAAGCAAGGAAAAUGAAUUUUAUUAUUCCGAAAGAGUUUACAGGAAUUAUUUUAAUAAAUGAAAUGUUCUUGUGGAA